CCAGAUUUGACAAACUGACAAGAUCAGCGGAGUGAAUCUACGUGAGCAGAUCUAUAACGCACUCCCACGCGCCUAUGAGCGUUCAUUCAGCACCACAGCAACUGAACAGCGACAGCGGCGCGCAUGCCAAUAACGGAGACGCGCACUGUUUAUUCAAACGGUCAGGAUGAAAGUGCACAGAUGAAGCUGUUAUAUUCCAAGUUCAGCGGUCUAUUCAAUUUCAUUCGGAUGCUUUGCAUGUCCAUGUGGAUUAUUUAUGCUUACGGAAGGUUUACGCUAUAACGUAACGUAACGUCAGAUGUGAUGUGAUCGAAAGCAACAUACCACAGGCGUACGAUACUUUUCGCGGUUCCUCUGCCGUAAAUCAUGCGAUACUUUGAGAGUGUUUAUUGUUCGGAAAGGACAAAAAUCAAGCAAAAAACGGAGGAUCGCGAGCAUCUCUCGUCGAGGCGAGAGGUCCGCCACACCUGACUGUUUCUGCUCUGCCUCCGGUUGUGAGAUGAAAACUCGGACCAGAAAGAAACGGAUAAAAGGGCACAGAGCUGCAAAAGGACAUGUGGAUUUAACAGAGAAGAUAUACAAUUAAUGUGGGCCCAAAACAACCCUCAACUCUGUUAGCGGGUGACAAUCACAAGCUUGGGAAUGCCAAAGAUCAAGAAAGGAUCUUGCAACCUGUGGAGAUCUAUAGCUGUUGGUUUAGAAUAGCAUGACAGUGAUUUGAUAUAUAUAAUUUUUUUCACUUAAAUGUAUUUAUUGUGAGAAAUAUCUGUAUUAAGCGCCUGAACAGGAUCAGACACCCGACUAUAAAAGCACACCCCUACUUGCUGGUUACCCCGAUUCUGACCCUCUCCAGUCAUGGGCUGCCUUCAGAGUGUCGCCUGUAAGCCGCGCAUUAAGCGUGAGAACAUUGUUGUUUACGACCUUUCAACUACAAUUGACCAUUGCCCGACCGUAAUCGAGGAAAACUCACCCAUAGUGCUCCGCUACAAAACCCCAUACUUCAAGGCCUCCGCCCGGGUAGUGAUGCCCCCGAUCCCUCGUAAUGAAACUUGGGUGGUGGGUUGGAUUCAAGCGUGCACUCAAAUGGAGUUCUACAACACUUACGGAGACCUUGGCAUGUCAAGCUGGGAGUUGCCCGAGUUAAGAGAGGGACUCGUGAAAGCCAUCAGCGACUCGGACGGCGUAAGCUACCCGUGGUAUGGAAACACUACGGAAACGGUGACCCUCUCCGGACCCACAUCCAAGCCUUCCCGCUUCACAGUUAGCAUGAAUGACAACUUCUAUCCUAGCGUAACGUGGGCCGUACCUGUGAGCGAGAGCAACGUGCCUUUGCUAACACGGAUCAAACGGGAUCAAAGCUUCACCACUUGGCUGGUGGCUCUAAACAUGGCCACACAGGAGAAGAUCCUUCUCCAGACAGUCAAGUGGAGGAUGAAGGUGGACAUCGCAGUUGACCCCACCAAGCCGCUGGGCUCCCGAGCGAGACUCACUGGACGGCUGCACCAGGACCAGCCCAAGGUGUUGACCCACAUGGAGCCCAUCCCAACUAACGCUCUGGGCAACCCCAAUGCCAAUGAUGCCCAAGUGUUGAUGUGGAGACCCAAGCGAGGCCCACCAUUGGUAGUCAUCCCAUCUAAGUAG